UCGUUUUAUUUUUAAUCAUUCAUUUUCAGGUAGCUAUAGAUGCUUUUUAACAGUAUCUUCUAAAGCAGCUGCAUUAAGAAAAAAAAAAAAACCCAUGUUUCAAUAAAGUUUCACUUUUUAUUCCUUUUUUCUUUAUCUAGAAAAAGUUUUUUCCUUUUUUGAUUUUUCUCUCUUUCGGUGAUUCUUAAGCUUAAUUUUUCGAACUUUAAGCUAUCAAGAGACCAAGAGGGAGAAAGUAAGGAGAAGUAGAGCUAUUGUUUUUAGUUAAAGUUUUAGUUUUUGUUAUCAAUUUUUUUGCGCUAUUUUAGUUAUUUGUGAGAAAAGGAAAGAGAAGAAGAAAGAGAAAAUGAACAAUGCUCAUCAAGAAGCUAUCAAGCAAUUUAUGUCCUUGAUGGAAAAUGUUGAUGAUAGAAUGAAGGGCACAUUUCAGAACAUGCACCAUGGGUAUCCGGCUGAAACUUUAGUGCGGUUUCUCAAAGCAAGAAAUUGGAAUGUUCAGAAAGGUCAUAAAAUGUUAAUUGAUUGCUUACAUUGGAGAAUACAAAAUGAGAUUGAUAACAUAUUAGCAAAACCAAUUAUCCCCACUGACUUAUAUGGAGCAGUGCGAGAUUCUCAGCUUGUAGGAUUGUCGGGUUACUCAAAAGAGGGUCUUCCUAUCAUUGCUAUUGGCGUCGGUCUAAGCACAUUUGAUAAAGCAUCUGUGAAUCACUAUGUACGGUCACACAUUCAAAUGAAUGAAUAUAGAGAUCGUGUAGUAUUGCCUACUGCCACAGAAAAGUCUGGACGACAUAUUAGCUCAUGUCUGAAGGUUUUGGAUAUGACUGGCUUGAAGCUUUCGGUGUUGAACCAAAGAAAGCUAUUGACUACUAUCUCAACAAUUGAUGACUUGAAUUAUCCUGAGAAGACAGAGACAUACUAUAUUGUCAAUGCGCCAUACAUAUUUUCGGCAUGUUGGAAGACUGUAAAACCUCUAUUGCAAGAAAGGACAAAGGGGAAAAUUCAGGUGCUUCAAGGUUGCGGAAGGGAUGAGUUACUGAAAAUAAUGGAUUAUUCAUCCCUUCCACAUUUUUGUAGAAAAGAAGGUUCCGGAUCAUCACGUCACAGCAGCAAUGGAACCAUAGAUAAUUGUUUCUCAUUGGAUCAUACCUUCCAUCAACAGUUUUACAAUUACUUAAAGCAGCAAGCUACACUUAUAGAGACUGGUUUGCGAAUCAAACAGGGGUCAAUUCAUGUAGAUUUUCCUGAGCCAGAUCCACAAGAUACCAAAAUUGCAGAGACCAUUGAAUGCGAGUUCCACAGGCUUGCAGACCAGAAUGGUCUAUGCAACUCAUUAAAUGGCCUUAAAGUAAAUAGAGAUUAGAUUUUAGAUAAUACUGGUUACAUAAUUGUUGCCAAUGUGUUAGAAAAGUCAGCACACUGACAACAAAAGGCCCAUCAACUACUUUGGAAUAAGAUGCCUUCAAUUUCAAUUAUCAAAUCAAAUGUAAUAGCAGAGCUUUUUCUUGCAUCAUCAGCUUGAUGCAGGCUUGGUAGAUGGCUAACACUUGAUAUGCCAACUUAGGGUGGAUGAUAGGAAAUGCUUUGUCCAAAUGUCUGUAGAAAGCAUGACCCACCCACUCCUAAUUGCUUCUUGAAUAAUUUUCUUGUCAGCAUCCUCUGAAUAUUUCUCAAACGCAAUUGCUUGUUGUAAAGGCUGUUGACUAUUGUUAAGCAUGUUGUUAACAUGCAAAUGCUGGUGUAUAGGUUGAGCUUAAUAUAUACGAUUGGCUGAUGAUGAUAUGCAUUAAUGGGGGAUCUGCUGCUUUAUGCGGCAGCCACUCUUACAUGAUGGUCAAAGCUGUCUUACAUGAAGGUCAAUCCUGAUAAAGUUUAUGAGUUUUCAGGACUCUUGAAGCAGAAUUAGCCAAUAGAGAGCUAGGUUAGUAACCAAAUGAGACUAUCAUUAUCAUGCUGUUGAAAUAACGAUAAGCCGUUUUACAAUGGCUAACAUCAUCAUUCCCUGACAUCUGAUGCAAGUUCUCAUCCAUUUCAAUCCCCUCUACACCCUCACAUCAGUUAAUCAUUUCCGAAUUUUAAGGGUCUCGGACCAGCCAUUCGAGACUUGCCAUGUUGAACUUUGACGUUAACAUAUCUAAUUUUUCAGUCAUUAACGGGGGAAGAAGAUUGGAAUAUGCCUACUGAUAUGUGGUUGUCAGAGAAUGCGAAACAAAAUUCUUGAAGCAACAUAACGAGCACAAAAUUAGCAAAUGCAAGAACUCAAAAGCACCCUCGCAAUGUACUUUGAACAUCAAACUCAAGACGGAUGUGAGGGUACUCCAAAACAUCACAUAUAAUAUAAACAUGCAAAUAUCAUAUCACAUUUCUAACUUAGCUGUUUAUAGCAACUAUAAGCAACAGCAAUUGAUGCAGCAGCACAAACAACAGCAAGGGGAGCAUAUGUAUCUUCACACUCCCAGCUUUUGAACUGUGAUUGGCGACGAAGAUGAUGAUGGGUUUGUAGGGAAAGUUAAUGAUUCUUCUCUUUCCCUGCUACUUGACACCAUUUCAAAGGCACAAAGAGAGAAAGAAAAGGCGAGAUAAAGGAAGGGGUUUUAGGGAAAGGAAGAACGAAGGGUUUUUGGGAGAGGAAUUUUUUUGGUCGAAGUCCAAGAAAUGGAUGGUUGGCUUUUGAGAGAGAGAAAACUAUGUUUUUUUUUUCUUUUUUU